AUGAGCUCUAUUUUCACAGGCUAUUGCCUUUAGAACAUAUAAAUAAUAGUUACAAUGUCAGAGUUGCCUUUACAUAUGGAUUUAUACAAGCUUCAACUCAACAAUUUUACUGAAGUCACCAUGUUUCUAUUAAUGAGCUUCACAGAAGAAUUUGAGGUGCAAGUCUUCCUAUUUUUAUUUUUAGCAAUGUAUCUUUUCACUUUAAUAGGAAACUUAGGGCUGGUUGUAUUGGUCAUUGGGUAUUCCCAGCUCCACAACCCCAUGUACUAUUUUCUUACUGUUUUAUCGUUCUUGGAUGUCUGCUAUUCCACAGUUGUCACUCCCAAAAUGUUGGUCAAUUUCCUGGCAAAAAAUAAAUCUAUUUCAUUUAUUGGAUGUGCAACACAAAUGUUUCUUGCUUGUGCUUUUGGAACCACAAAAUGCUUUCUCUUGGCUGCAAUGGCUUAUGAUCACUAUGUAGCUGCCAUCUACAACCUGCUCCUGUAUUCAGUGAACAUGUCACCCAGAGUCUACGUGCCAUUCAUCACUGCUUCCUACGUUGCUGGUAUUCUGCAUGCUACUAUACAUACGGUGGCUACAUUUAGCCUGUCCUUCUGUGGAUCCAAUGAAAUUCGGCAUGUCUUCUGUGAUAUCCCUCCUCUCCUUACUAUUUCUUGUUCUGACACUCACACAAACCAGUUUCUACUCUUCUACUUUGUGGGCUCUAUUGAGAUAGUCACUAUCCUGACUGUCCUGAUCUCCCACUUUUUCAUUCUGUUGGCCAUUCUGAAGAUGCAUUCUGCGGAAGGGAGGAGAAAAAUCUUCUCCACCUGUGGGGCUCACCUAACUGGAGUGUCAAUUUAUCAUGGGACAAUCCUCUUCAUGUACGUGAGACCAAGUUCCAGCUAUGUUUUGGAGCAUGACAUGAUAGUGUCGAUAUUUUAUACCAUUGUGAUUCCCAUGCUGAAUCCCAUCAUCUACAGUUUGAGGAACAAAGAUGUAAAAGAGGCAAUGAAAAAAAUGUUUGGAAAAAAUCAGGAUACCAAUAAUGUAUACUUUCAUACUAAAAAAUAG